UGCUAUUGGCCCCGUAGGUCGUCUUCUUUUUCAAACUUGAGGCGCCGAAUCGUUGCUGAUUUCUGAGCAGAGGAGGUUUGUCCUCUCCGGAUCUUGCGGGGCGGUGUCCACGGCCGAGAGGCCUGCGUGGACCUCGGGGACGCGGAGCUGCAAGUCUCGGCCCUCCAGGCCUUAGCAGCCCCGGGCGAGAAGAAGCGGCGCCCGGUUCUCACUGCGUCGGAGUCACUGCUAGGCCGGCAGGUUUUGGCUCGACUGUCAUGGCGUCCCAGCCGAGUUCUUCUUCGAAGAAGAAAGAGGAAAAAGGCAAAAACAUUCAGGUGGUGGUGAGAUGCAGACCAUUUAAUUUGGCAGAGCGGAAAGCUAAUGCCCACUCAGUAGUAGAAUGUGAUCAUACACGGAAAGAAGUUAGUGUACGAACUGCAGGACUGACUGACAAGACCUCAAGAAAAACAUACACAUUUGAUAUGGUGUUUGGAGCAUCUACAAAGCAGAUUGAUGUAUACCGAAGUGUUGUUUGUCCAAUUCUAGAUGAAGUUAUUAUGGGCUAUAAUUGCACCAUCUUCGCAUAUGGUCAGACUGGCACUGGAAAAACUUUUACAAUGGAAGGUGAAAGGUCACCAAAUGAAGUAUACACCUGGGAGGAGGAUCCUUUGGCUGGUAUAAUUCCACGCACUCUUCAUCAAAUUUUUGAGAAGCUUACUGAGAAUGGCACUGAGUUUUCAGUUAAAGUGUCCCUAUUGGAAAUCUAUAAUGAGGAGCUUUUUGAUCUUCUUAGUCCGUCUUCUGAUGUUUCUGAAAGGCUGCAGAUGUUCGAUGAUCCCCGGAACAAGAGAGGAGUGAUAAUCAAAGGCUUAGAGGAAAUCACAGUACACAAUAAAGAUGAAGUCUACCAAAUCUUAGAAAAGGGGGCAGCAAAACGGACAACUGCAGCGACCUUGAUGAACGCUUACUCUAGUCGUUCACACUCCGUUUUUUCUGUUACAAUACACAUGAAAGAAACGACAAUUGAUGGAGAAGAGCUUGUUAAAAUUGGAAAGCUGAAUUUGGUUGAUCUUGCAGGAAGUGAAAAUAUUGGGCGUUCUGGAGCUGUUGACAAGAGGGCCCGGGAAGCUGGAAAUAUCAACCAGUCCCUCUUGACUCUCGGAAGAGUUAUUACUGCUCUUGUGGAAAGAACACCUCAUAUUCCUUAUCGAGAAUCUAAACUAACUAGAAUCCUGCAAGAUUCUCUUGGGGGACGUACAAGAACAUCUAUAAUUGCAACCAUUUCCCCUGCAUCUCUCAAUCUUGAGGAAACUCUGAGUACAUUGGAAUACGCUCACAGAGCAAAGAACAUAAUGAAUAAGCCUGAAGUUAAUCAAAAACUCACCAAAAAAGCUCUUAUUAAGGAGUAUACGGAAGAGAUAGAGCGUUUGAAGCGGGAUCUUGCAGCAGCUCGUGAGAAAAAUGGAGUAUAUAUCUCCGAAGAAAGUUUUAGAGCCAUGAAUGGAAAAGUAACUGUUCAGGAGGAACAAAUUGUUGAGUUGGUUGAAAAAAUCGGUGUUCUUGAGGAGGAGCUCAGUAAGGCUACAGAGUUAUUUAUGGACAGUAAGAACGAACUUGACCAGUGUAAAUAUGACCUGGAAACCAAGACUCAGGAACUUGAAACCACUCAGAAACAUUUGCAAGAAACAAAAUUACAACUGGUGAAAGAGGAGUAUGUCUCUUCAGCUUUGGAAAGAACCGAGAAGAAGCUUCAUGAUACGGCCAGCAAGUUGCUUAACACAGUUAAAGAAACCACCAGGGAUGUGUCUGGUCUACAUUCUAAGCUGGACCGUAAAAGAGCAAUUGAUGAGCACAAUGCUGAAGCUCAGGAGAGCUUUGGCAAAAACCUCAACAGUCUGUUUAAUAAUAUGGAAGAACUGAUUAAGGAUGGCAGUGCGAAACAAAAGGCCAUGCUAGACGUCCAUAAGACACUAUUUGGUAACCUGAUGUCUUCUAGUGUGUCUGCAUUAGACACCUUCACCACAACAGCGCUUGAAUCUCUCAUGUCUAUUCCAGAGAAUGUGUCAGCUCGUGUUUCUCAGAUUUCUGAUGUGAUACUGGAAGAGCAAUCGUUAGCAGCACAAAGUAAAAGUGUGCUGCAAGGAUUGAUUGAUGAACUUGUGGCCGACCUUUUCACUUCCCUGAAGACCAUCGUCGCCCCUGGGGUAGUCUCCAUCUUGAACAUAAAUAGACAGCUACAGCACAUUUUCAGGGCUUCAUCCACAGUGGCUGAAAAGGUAGAGGAUCAAAAAAGAGAAAUAGACAGUUUUCUCAGCCUAUUGUGUAACAAUUUACAUGAACUCCGAGAAAACACAGUUUCUUCCUUGAUUGAAUCACAAAAACUUUGUGGAAACCUGACUGAAGACCUGAAGACAAUAAAGGAAACGCAUUCGCAGGAACUUUGCCAGUUAAGCAAUCGUUGGGCAGAGAGAUUUUGUGCUUUGGAGAAGAAGUAUGAGAACAUCCAGAAACCAUUGAACAGCAUUCAAGAAAAUACGGAGCGGAAGUCUACUGAUAUAAUCAACAAAACAACAGUUCACAGUAAGAAAAUUCUUGCUGAAUCUGAUGGAUUAUUACAAGAGCUCAGACACUUUAACCAGGAAGGCACACAGUUGGUUGAAGAGUCUGUAGGACACUGCAGUUCACUCAGCAGCAACCUGGAGACUGUAUCCCAAGAGAUCACACAGAGGUGUGGGACCCUGACCACAAGCACAGCCCAUUUUUCCGAUCAGUGGGCAUCCUGCUUAAGCAAGAGGAAGGAAGAACUUCAGAACUUAAUGGAGUUUGUAAAUGGAUGUUGUGAAGCUUCAAGUUCAGAGAUCACUGAAAAAAUAAGAGAACAUACAGCAGCUAUUGAGAACCAGCACAGCUCUUUUGUUGUUCAGAUAACUUCUGAUGAAGAAAAAUUUAAAGCAGGAAGCCUAGAGCUUGAUAAAACUAUAAAAACUGGUUUAACAAAGCUUAAUUGCUUUCUGCAACAGGAUCUGAAACUAGAUAUCCCAACAGGUAUGACACCAGAGAGAAAAAAUUAUGUCUAUCCAUCAACACUCGUGAGAACUGAACCACGGGAACAGCUCCUUGAUCAGCUGCAAAAGAAACAGCCCAAGCCGCUAAUAAUGCUGAGCGGCUCAGAGACCAGCAAAGGGGCCAGUCAGGACAUGGAUGAAGAGAGGGAGGUUCUGGAGCAGUGUACUGAAGAACUUUUAAGUGAAGAGACAUGUGUGCAUGCCAGUGUGGAUUGCUCUUCCAGUAGAGGUGUUCCAUUUUUCCAGCAUAAAAAGCCACAUGGAAAAGACAAAGAAAACAGAGGCCUUAACACAGUGGAAAAAUGUAAAGUGGAAGAGGUCUCGGAGCACUCCAUCUCCAAGAGUAGACUGCCGCUGCGCGCCUCCAUAAACCUCUAGCUGAUCUGAGGCUUACAACCUGAAACUCCACAGUCUGAAGCUAUGUACAGAUGAAAAUGGGACAGACUGUAUGAGGGCCCACAGUACCUGUAGUUGAAUUGAAAGUCUUUUUUAUAGUCCCUGUAGUCCAAGUAUGUAGUAAGCUGGGUGCCAUUUGGGAUUUACAUUGAAUAUGUAUGUGCUUCUAGCUUUUUAUAUAAGGAAGCUCUUCUGUAACAAGUAAGCAUUUUUCUUGUAUAUAAUUAAAUACCAAGUAUAUGGAAACCGUUGUUCCAGAUUUAGACUUGUACUGGCGAAUGCCACCUCCUUUGCUGUCUGGCUGAGGCUGAGUUUAGUGUGUAUUCCCUACCACUAACCAGCCCUUUCCCACUAACUAGCCCUUUCUCACUAACCAGCCCUUUCUAGCUGUCUUCUGCUCACUUCUCCCUUUUCCUGUCACUUAACCAUUUGUAGGCCUACAGAAAGGUUUCCUUAUUAUGAGAAACCAAAGGUUUUACCUAGAAAUCUUAGAUUUCAUUGAUUACCUCUACAAUCAUUGUCAAAAAUAAACCUGACCCUAGAAGUACCCUUCCUUCCGAGCUCUUCAUUUGUUCCUCCCUUGAUAUGCACUCAUCUCAUUCCUUCCUGAGGUCUGACACCUGUCGCCAGCCUCUCUGCACUGUGAGGGGACCUGUCUAAAGCUCCAACUCACCCUUUGAGGCCCCACUCUAAGGUCUGUGUCUCUUAGGAAUGACAAGAUGGUUUUUAAACUACCAAUUAUGACUAUAACUUCUAUUUUGUUUAUAUUUUAAAACUUUAUUCCUUGUAUAUAAUAAAAAUGUAUGUAUACAUUAUCUCUAUUGAAA